AUGGCGAAACGACUGAGUCCAGAGAGUGUUAUUCAGUUUGUUCGGUUCAGCGUAGCUCUAACCUUGUGCUGGCCACUUCGUUCUAACAGCAGCAAGAAUCGUGUUUAUUGUUACAAAGUUCUACAAUUCGCUCAUGCUGUUAAUACUACCAUCAUUAUGUCAAUUGCGUUGCACUCUGCGUAUCUACAUUUGAGCGAUUUCGUCAAUGUCUCUAGGAUUAUUGCUGUGUCACUUGGUAUGGGUCAAAUGAUCAUUACGACUCUCAUAUGCAUUUCCAAGCACGAGUCCCUGCAAUAUAUAAUAGAAGACAUGGAAGCAUACAUGAGAGAAGCACAGCAAUAUGAACGGGAAGUAUUCUACAAGUAUAUCGCGAAGGGCCACAAGUUUUACGGAAGUUGUAUAAUACUGAUGUAUACGACUUCAACUAUAUUUUUGUUAGGUCCUACGGUCCUGCCGAUUUCUUUGCCACUUGAUAUCGAGUAUCCAUUUCCCGUCAACAGUACUGCGUUAUAUGUUACGUUAUACUUACAUCAAACAGUCAUCACCUACCAAUGCACUGCGCUAUUAUGUCUUGGCGGAUUUGGGGCUCUUAUGCUUUGGUACACAACCGCUAGAUUCGAAUGUUUGGCGAUAGAGUUUCAGAAAAGUUCAAAUGUCGAUACGAUGGUCGUUUGUAUUAAGAAACAAUUAUUGUUAAUGAGGAUGUCUCAAAAAUCAUGGAGCAAUCGGUUGCGUAAUAAAUCCAUAUGCAAAAAUUGGUGUGAAUUAUUACUUGUAAAUCGAUUUGGAAAAUGUGAAGUUCAUUUAGCCUUUGGUGUAGCAUAUAAUCCUACCGAAUAUUGUUCCUCUGGUUUUAGUUACGCCGAAAAUGUUGCUACUACUAUCCGCUUUAUAGCCUUCGGUGCUGUAGCUGGGAGCACAGGUAUUCUAAUUCUGUGUGGUAUGAUCAUGAUUUUGCUCCAAGCGCCAAUCGCAGAGACACCAUUAGAACAAGUAUUUCUUGCAUAUAGCCUGACAAAUUUUGACGAUCCGAUUUAUUUACAGAAUUCUUCGGUAAUUGUGAAAGUACAGUUCAUCGGCGUAAUUAUGACGGUACUCACAGAAGUUUAUAUGUACACGUGGCCAGCUGAUCACAUGAAAGAUACGAGCGAAAAUUUGUCACGAAGUGCAUAUGACAUAACUUGGUACAAGCAAUCGGUACGGAUGCAAAAGGACAUACUGAACAUUUUGGUAUAUCAGAAGCCAGUGGUAAUUUCUAUCCGCUGCGUAAUGCCUGAACUAACUCUGGAGUACUUUUGUUCGUACUUGUCAAAUGCAUUCUCCAUUUUCGCCAGCAUGCGCACUCUGCUGAUGAAUAAUUGA